GUCACGGCGAGGCUGGCGGGGCUGCGGCUCCUCCGACACUAAUUCCCAGGCCACCCUUAAGGAAUGAGGCGCCCCACGUGACCGCUGGCGGGGCGGGCGAACUCUGAGCCAUUUUGGGGACGGUGUCAGUUUCCAGUGUGUGCCUUCGGCGUUGCAUUCUCCGCCCGCCCUCCCGCUUCUCUCUUCUCCUCUCUCCCCCCUCCUCUCCUUUUCCUCGCCGCCACUCUCGCUCUCCUCCUCCUCCUCCCUUUCCACAACAACUAUAAGCAGCAUAUUCGAUUUUUAUUAUUUUUUUAAAGGGAGGGAGGAGAAAAAGCAGAGAGGGAAGGGAAGAAAGAGCUGCCUUCCUUCCUUCCUUAAGAGCGAGAGAGAGGAAAGGGAUCGGAGGGAGAGCGAGAGAGAGAGAGGGAGAGACAAUGGGCUGCUGCUGGUGGAGGAGGCGGAGGCGGAGAGGCAAACGCUCCGGAUUAUAGAGCGAGUUCUGUAAGAUCCCAGCCUUGAAGGAGGAGGGGGAAACGGAGAGAGGAGGGAGAGAAGGAGGAGGGGGAGAAGGAGGGCCAACGCGGAGGGGUCAACGGAGGAGAAGACCCCGGGUGUUUCUGGAACUAACAUGAGCCGAGUGCAGCGGCAGCAGCAGCAACAGCAGCAGCAGCAAUACGCUUAUUGCAAUUGACAGCGUCUGCAGUUCAUUUCAAGAUGGCCGCUUGGCUCACAUUCAUUUUCUGCUGAACGACUUUUAACUUUCAUUGUCUUUUUUUGGCGGCUCGGAUCGCCCCCCACCCGCGCCUUCCCGCCGACCCCGCGCCAAAAUGCACCGCACCACCCGCCUCAAGAUCACGGAGCUGAACCCGCACCUCAUGUGCGUGAUCUGCGGGGGGUACUUCAUCGACGCCACCACCAUCAUCGAGUGCCUGCACUCCUUCUGUAAGACAUGUAUCGUGCAUUACUUGGAGACGAGCAAGUAUUGCCCCAUUUGCGAUGUCCAAGUUCACAAAACCAGGCCGCUUUUGAACAUAAGAUCUGAUAAAACUCUCCAAGAUAUUGUGUACAAGUUAGUACCAGGCCUUUUCAAAAAUGAAAUGAAAAGAAGAAGAGACUUUUAUGCUGCUCAUCCUUCUGCCGAUGCUGCCAAUGGCUCUAAUGAAGACAGGGGAGAAGUUGCAGAUGAAGACAAAAGGAUUAUAACAGAUGAUGAGAUAAUAAGCUUAUCCAUUGAGUUCUUUGACCAAAAUAGACUUGACCGGAAAGGAAACAAGGAAAAAGAGAAAUCCAAAGAGGAGGUGAAUGACAAAAGAUAUUUGCGCUGCCCAGCAGCAAUGACUGUAAUGCACUUGAGGAAAUUUCUGCGGAGUAAGAUGGAUAUUCCCAAUUCUUUCCAGAUUGAUGUCAUGUAUGAAGAGGAACCUUUGAAGGACUACUACACACUCAUGGACAUUGCCUACAUUUACACCUGGAGAAGGAACGGCCCCCUCCCGUUGAAGUACCGGGUGCGACCUACCUGCAAGAGGAUGAAGCUGGGCUUAAGCGCCGGUGGGGAGCUGGAGAGUGACUCUGGGAGCGAGAAGGGCGCCCCUUCCACCUCCUCGGGCCUCCUCACGCCGCCCUCCCUCCAGUCCCCGCACCCGCAGUUCCCCCACAUCUCCAGCACCCACAACGGCACCGGCUCCAGCAGCCACCACCACCACCACCACCACCACUUCGGCAACCGGGCCCGCAAAGCCACCUCCCUCAACGGCUCCUCCUCGGCCACUUCCUGCGGCUGAGCGCCUCUCCUCCUGCCUCUCUCUCUCCUAGAGCUGUCUUUCCUGCCCUUCUGUCUCUCUCCACGCCGCCCGCCGCCGUUCAGCUUUAGAGAUGCUAAUCCCUACCUGACGUUUCCACACAAACAAACACACAGACGCUUUGGAUAUAUAAAGCUGCGGUUGGAUAUAUUUCCCCCCCUAUGGAUUGUUUCUUGAGGACUAGUAACGUCAAGCUAGCAAAAGAGACCCGGAUGAGCUGGAAAGGAGGAAGACGGGUGCUUUUAUAUAUUUGUUGGUGAAGCAAGCAAAAGAGACCCCGGAUGAGCUGGGAAGGACAAAGAAGAGUGGUUUUUAAAACAUUUAUUUGUUGUUGGGGUUUUUUUGGCCUCUCUUCAUCUAUCUGCAACCUAUUUCCUGGUUUCGGAUUUGGGAAUUGUCUGGAAAUGGAUGCAGAUCAACCAUGGGAUGUAAUUUGGCUAAUGACUCCCUGUGUUUGCACUCCUCUUGGAUGGCGACUUAGCUGUUUUGUCAAGUUCUCCAAAGCAACAUGGAUUCCCCCUUUCCUGUCUCCCUCCUGCGAUAUUGUGGAUUGUUCUUUGUUGUUGGGUUUUGUUUUGGUUUUUUUGGCAACCUACUUCCUGGUUUUGGAUUUGGAAAAUGUCUCGAAAUGGAUGCAGAUCAACCCUGGGAUAUAAUCUGGCCAAACUCCUUGUAUUCACACUACUCUUGGACAGUGACUUUUGUGAAGUUCUCCAAAGCAACGUGGAUUUAUCCCCUUUUCCCUGUCCCACUCCUGCCAUUGGUCAUCAAGACCGGAUUGAAUAUUGUUGGGGAAUCUGAGCUGUCAGGUUGGAGAAUAACCCUCAGUUGAGGUGAUUCCACCAUCAAUAUAGCAGAGGACCAGAAUCAAACUUCAUAAUCACUUACAUGGGAUGAGCUGGAAUAAAAAUACCCCUAAACUGGGGGGAUUCCAUCAUAACUCUAGUACCAGAAUCAAACUUCACAAUCACAUGUGAUGAAAUGGGAUAAAAAUAACCCUCAGUUGGGGUGAUGCCAUCAUAAAUAUAGUACCAGAAUCACACUUCAUAACCAGCAGAAACUUACAUGUGAUGAGCUUCUGUAUCUUAGGAAGGCACAGGAUUGCAGAGUCAGAACUUUAGGUUCAAAAAGUAUUUAUUGAAGUAAAAGAUAGAAAAGGUGUUACUAAAUCCCAUCUUCGGAAGAGGUAAAAAGAUCCAUGCAGCUACAUUUUGCCUGUAGAGAGGGGCAAAAUGCCCCCUCACUGGAAGGAAGAAAAGGCAGAAGAGGAACAAUGGUCAAGCCAGGGCAAUAAAACUUAAAGGGGAAGUUCCAUUCCUGUAUCAUCAAAGGGGGGGGGGGAGUAGCUAGCCGGAGGACUUAAGACAAAGCCCUUUUUGGGAAACAUGCAUGGGAAAGUGGCCAUCAGUUCAAUCCUAUCUCUAGCCUAGCUACUCAUUGAGGUCUGGGAACUUGAUGACACAAGAAACUUGUGCAGUCCAGGGAUGACACCCAACAAAUAUGCAUAGGACCGUGCAUAUAGGUCGCCACGUCACUGUGAACCACGAUUUCUAGCUUUAUUCGCCCUUUGGAUUUGUAUGUUGUAUC